CGGGCGGCGUGAGGAGAGGCGGCGGAGUGCGGACCCGCCAGGAACCGAGGGCGCCGGGCCGCCCCCUGCCCAGUCCUCGCAGGCCGCCAGGCCCCCUCCAGCCGGGGCCGUGGAGCACCGGGGCAAAGGCCGGGGCCCCCCCAUGAAGGAGCGCGACGCGGCCCCGGCCGAGCGGGGCAAGCCGGCCACCUACACCGGGGACAAGAAGGCGAAGAUGGCGGCCAAGACCAACAAGAAGUGGGUCCGGCUCGCCACCGUGUUCGCCUACGUGCUCUCCGUGUCGCUGGCCGCCAUCGUGCUCGCGGUCUACUACAGCCUUAUCUGGCAGCCGGUGGGCGCCGGGACCUCGGGGGGAGCUGCCGGCCCGCCUCCCGGCGGCUCCAACGCCACCGGCCCGUCCGGGACUUCGGGGGCGGCUGCGGGGCCCAACAGCACCAGGUCGUCCCGCCGUGAGGCGCCGCGCGACGCGCCCCCGCUGCAGGCGGCGCGGCCCGAGCCCCCGGAGCCCGCGGCAGACAGUCUCCUGGCCGGGCCACUCGAGCGGCCUCAGGGGCUGGACGAGGACGAAGAGGAGGCAGCAGCGCCUCGGAGUCGUUGAACCUCUCCGCGCGCGGGGAGGUCGGGAACCAUCCUCCCCAAGCCCAGAGGCAGGACUUUGCUGCAGGACGGGCUCCGGAGCCCACGGGAUCCCUGCGCAAGUGAACGCCCCCCAACUCUCCUGCGAUCGCCAGCUCGCCCCGGUAGCCGGGAACGCACCACCGGAUCUUCAGCCAAGGGACCACGAUUCGCCGGGGACUCGGGGUUUGAUCUUCCCACACCGUGCUGCGCCAGGGCCCUGAGCCAUAAGGGGAAUGGGGGAGGGUGGGGAGAACCGAGCACCCAACCCUUCCGAUAGCUCGGGUGAAUCCUACAUGCAGGGGGUGACUUGGGCUAACCUCCCCCAAGACUCAGGGGAAGGAGGGAGCUGUGUAGGGGCUCUUUUUUUAAAAUAAGCUGAGGCUCUCAAAAAGAAGAGAGCACCAAAAGUAGUGGAGCUCAGGUACCUAGUUGCAGUGGCCAGACAUGCAUUUAAUUUAUAGAUCCCUGUAUAUAGUUGUUGACAUAUGCACUAGAAGCUAUAAUCACAUAGAAUUCUAUGUAUUCUCUCACACCCUGGGUAGCUACUGAAUGGUGGGGUUCAGCAAGGGCUAUUUGCUGGCACCCAACUGCACUUAGCCAGAAGGGCACAAAGACAUCUCCUACCCACCCCCAUCAUCCAUUUCUCACCUGUUCCCUUCCUGUUUCAGAAAGAUAAGUUUAUGUCGUUCUUACACAAGAAUGUAAUCAUUUUUAGACUGCUGACAUGACAGUGGAAAACAUUAGAUGUAGAAACCCUCUAGUGAGGGUGGGGAAUGUGCUGAUCCCCCUCCUGCUCCCAUCCUAGUGCUCUCACCAAAGUGGCUUCCUAUUGCAGCCCUGUGUAUCUGGAUACAGGCCAGGGGCAAUGGAAGAGAAAGUGAUGCUGCUGUGUUUUGAUCCUUGGAUGUCCCCACAGAAUUCCUUUAAGGAAGAGCAAGCCUUUAAUUGGCAAGUGUUUUCCCUCAGCCCCCUGCCCCCCACAUUUGGUUCUAGAUCUUGUCAUGUCUUUAUUUCCUGCUCUUCAAGAUCUUGCCUUACUCACCUGUGUGUUUCUUUUCCAAGCCUGAAACAAGACAGCAGCUUGCCAUUGGGACAAAAUCUGUUGUGAAACCAGAGCUUUGAUGAUGUCCUCUGGUUUUGAAUUAACACUACAGGAUCAGAAAGACCGGAAGCUUCGAGCUCAGGAUUGUGCUUAGAUAGCCAGUGAAGAGACCAGCCAGGGAAGAUUGAACUGGCUUGUCUAUCACUACUGAUAAGCAGUAUCACUACUGAUAAGCUUCCACUUAAAUUCAGCCAACAGUUUUCUAGAGGUGAUGACAAACAUCAAGGGAAAUGAUACAUGUAUAGCUCUGAGGUAGUAAGAAUUUUACUUCCUUGAUUUGGAUUCCAUUUUCUCCUGCCACUUGCUUUUAGGCAAUUGAAUGUGAAUAGUGACAAGAGAUCAAACCCCUUAGUGUUUCCUUUUUGGGAAAUUAAGUGCUUAAAAAAACAAAACAGGAAACUUGCCCACCUGAGUCCUGAAACUCUCCAGUUUUCUGGUCUACCUUGGUGUAGCUCUGAUUCAAGUUUACAGGACAACUGUCUUGAUUUAAGCCAUGUUGUGUCCUGGGCAAGAAAAAAGCAACUAAGCUGUCAGCCUCCCUUCAGGCGGAUAACACCCCAAGGUGUCUGGGCUUGGCGAUUUCUUCACAGCUGACUAGGACUUCAGUCAUUAGGAGGCCCACGGGGACUUUUUAAAUUUUUGGUGAGAGACUGGGAGAAGAAACAUAAAAUACCACUUUAUAACUUCAAUAAUAGCCUGUAAUUUAUAUUUAUGGUGUGAAUUUUUAGUCCUAUAUUUUAAUAAUUUGUAAAUUGAUCUCUUAUUACAAGAAUUCUUUGGACUCGUGGAAGAAAGUCUGGGAGUCCAGUCCUCCAUCCCCUUCUCGACCCUGCUUUCUGGACUGUUUAAAUCUACUUUGGGAUGAAUCAAAAGAGUUCCGCAAGGCCACUUGUGGUCCACCUGGCCUCCUAACUCUCUAAAGCCUUCACUGGAAUUGGGACAUUCUCUCCAGCCCUAGCAGUGAUCAUGACCAGAGACAUUAUUUAUAAUUCAGCCAUUCAAGAUAUACCUGUACUUUAAAAGUCCUGUAUAUUUUUUAAAAGUUUUAUUUUUCAGGUGAACAAAAAUACAUUCUAAGAACUCUGCCUAA